AUGGUUUUGUUCAAUGGAUGUUUUAACGGAAGAUGUUCAAUGAGAUCGCAACAUCCACAAUGUCUUCCAAAAGAUCUGGCGAAUAUAUGCCAAACAAUUCGCUGUGGUCAAGGGUAUGAAUGCAGAUUGGUACAUCGUGCCUGCUCCAGUUGGCCAUGCUUCCCUGAGCCUGAGUGCUUACCAAGAGACAACCGCACAACGUUAACGCCAUUCCAUCCUUCUAAUACGACCCAUGGCUCCACUCUCAACUACACCAUCUCAACACCACGUAUGAAUUUCACAACAGCACGGUCACAUCCGAACACAACGACGUCACCUCAGAUCCUCGGCACAGUUUCACGUAUGUCGUCUCUUCUGAAGAUUUUACGAUCUUACUAA